AGUUAUUGUUUGACAGAUCACACGUUGACUUCUAGUUUAUGUUAAAUUUAAUGCACAAAUGUUUGCAUUUCUUCAUCUGAUCAGAAAACAUUUUUUUUCCAAAAGAGUGAAACUGAACUGUUUUCUGUUUGUUCACAUUUCGGUUACAUUUCACGACUAAGCUCCUUUCACCUAAAGAAACUCUGAUCAAUUUUUUUACUAUGACAAUGUGCAGAGAAUGACACGUGGAGCAUUUAGUAGUGAAAAGAGUCAGACGUUUGGUGGUGGAGACCAAACACAGAGGUAAAAGAGAGGAAACACAAAUCAGUCAGGAUCUUUUAAAUCAGUCAGGAUUUCUUCGUCUGGAAACUGACUCUCGUCUGUUGCCCAACAGGACUCGGAGCUUCCCAACGUGUUGCCCGAGAGUCCGCUGGAGCAGAUGGUGGAGUUCAGCAUCGACCUGGUGGACCCGGGUUACAGGGAGCUGCUGGACGACCCCGACUCGCCGCAGUACAUCGACCUGGCUCACCACCUGCAGGACCAGAUGCAACAUGCCUUUGACAAGCUUCAAGGAUUCCAAUCCAUCCAUGUGCUGGGAAUCAGCGAGAUCCAGGACUCUGACGGGCCCGGAGGAAUCUCGGUGCACUACUCCCUCGUCUUCGAGAUCAACCCGGACAACUCCGAGGCGGCGACCGGCCGACCGGCGUCCUGGGCCGACCCCGGCCUCAAGGAGCUGGUGACCAAAGCUCUGCGCGAAGAGGCCUCGCUGCCGAUCGACCUGAACUCGCUCAACUUCCAACCAGAAACAAUCCACCUACCAGCUCUGACCUCAACGUCUUCAUUAGAAGUGAUGAAUGAGUCCAGUGAGCCGGACUCGCACAACGAGUUUGAAGUUUUCACCGACGAGCCUGCGGUCGACAAACCUCGACUGGUGGUUCCCCUCACCCCCAUGGAGAAGGAGAACGCCCUCGUGACCCUGCUGGACCCCACGGCGGUCCCAGGCGCUGGGACGGUGGUGGCGACGGAGAGCAUCGAUCGUCCGCCCGACUCGGAGGAGGUUACCGAUGAGUCUGAGGCGAUUCAGGUGGGCGAGUCCGAGCCACUGAAUGAAGAAGGGAAGGAAGAAGAAUUGCUUAUCAUCACGCACGAGAUUAAGACCAUUCAUCAUGACGAAACUGGUGAACUGGUGAGAGACUACAUCCCGACCCCUGCUGUUCUUCUUGAGCUGGAGACAGAUGCUCCAUACGUCAGCCUGUCUCCUUACCUGAUAUCCGAGGAGGACUUGAUUCCGGUGGAUGAGGACAGCGAGAAUCCUAGUUUGGAUGUUGAUCAGUUCACCCCCACCGCACAGUUUCUAUUAACGACAGCUCCUGCAGCAGAGGAGCCUUCUGACUUUGGACUACCAGUUACAACACUCUCAGCCGUCACAGGCCAGCCGCCCACUGAGACAACAGUGAACCUUCAAGAAGCUGAAGAAGAAAAUACUCUUCCUGACGAGGUAGAGGUGCUGAAUUUGUCCGAGCCGGAAACUGAAAUUGAACUGCUGGAACCGGAGGAAGAGUUUGGAGCCAAAGCUAACGAAGAAGUGCUCGAGGUUGAAGGUUUGUCAGAACCAGACAUGGAAGUUGCUGCUCCAGAGUCGGAGGGAGAGUCCAUCGCAGAAACUCAAGAAGAGCCGAAAGCAAUUGAACCUGAGGUUUCAGGUAUCAAGGAGGAGGAACUUGAGAUUUCAGAACCAAAUGAUAGCUCAGUUGAGGUUUUGACAGAUGGAGGAGUGGAAAAAGGAGAAGGAGAUUUGCAAUCAAAAGAGGUUAUAGCUGAAGGUGCAGAAGUAGAAGAGUCAGAAAUUGGUGGAGAUGAAGAUGUAAAGGUUUCCGAACCAGAAGAGGUCAGAGUUUUAGAGGAAACUGUACCUGAAGUUCCAGAGGAAAUUGUACCUGAAGUUCUUGAGGAAACUGUACCUGAAGUUUCAGAGGAAACUGUACCUGAAGUUCCAGAGGAAAUUGUACCUGAAGUUCCAGAGAAAACUGUACCUGAAGUUCCAGAGGAAAUUGUACCUGAAGUUCCAGAGGAAAUUGUACCUGAAGUUUCAGAGGAAACUGUACCUGAAGUUCUUGAGGAAACUGUACCUGAAGUUCCAGAGGAAACUGUACCUGAAGUUCCAGAGGAAAUUGUACCUGAAGUUUCAGAGGAAACUGUACCUGAAGUUCUUGAGGAAACGGUACCUGAAGUUCCAGAGGAAACUGUACCUGAAGUUCCAGAGGAAAUUGUACCUGAAGUUCCAGAGGAAAUUGUACCUGAAGUUUCAGAGGAAACUGUACCUGAAGUUCUUGAGGAAACUGUACCUGAAGUUCCAGCGGAAACUGUACCUGAAGUUCUUGAGGAAACUGUACCUGAAGUUCCCGAGGAAACUGUACCUGAAGUUCCUGAGGAAAUUGUACCUGAAGUUCUUGAGGAAACUGUACCUGAAGUUCCUGAGGAAACUGUACCUGAAGUUCCUGAGGAAACUGUACCAGAAGUUUCAGAGGAAACUGUACCUGAAGUUCCCGAGGAAACUGUACCUGAAGUUCCAGAGGAAAUUGUACCAGAAGUUCCAGAGGAAACUGUACCAGAAGUUUCAGAGGAAACUGUACCUGAAGUUCCAGAGGAAACUGUACCUGAAGUUCCAGAGGAAACUUUAGUUCCUGAAACAGAAGCAGUGAAACCAGUAAUGGUAGAAGAGGAUGUUGCUGAGGUUCCAGCACCAGAGGAUGAUGUAGCACCAAGUGAAGGUGUGGUUGACUCAUUGGAACCAGAAGUGGUUGAGGUUGUGGAGCCAGAACUGGGGAAAGAUUCAGAUGAAAUGCCAGAUGUACCUGAAAUCCAACAACCAGAGGAAGAAGCGGUUGCAGCUCCGGUGCCAGUUGAGGAGCCAGUGGACAUUUCUGAGCUACAACUUCCUGAAGAAGUAGAAGGAGUGGCAGAACCAGAGGAAGGCCCAGUUGACAUUUUACCAGCCGUGGAAGAGCUUCCUGGGGAUUCAGAGCCAGAAUCAAAUGACAAGGUUGAAGAAGUCCCAGAACCAGAAGGGGAUGAUGCUGAUCUCCAACAACCAAAUCCAGAUGAGGAAAUUGUUGAGAUUUUAGAACCAGAACUUAAGGAAGAUGUGACUGAGCCACCGGCAGAAUCCAUUAAAAUCCUUUACCCCUGGGACGCUAUGGAAGAUCCUCACUUUGAAGAGGAUAGUGGGUUCCUUCCUGACUAUCAUCAGCCGUCAGAGGAAGAUAAUUUACCCUUCGUACCAGCAGCCAGCCGUCCUUCUAUAGAAGACGUUGGAGAACCUGAUCAUGGAUACCCCAUCAUCGACAAUUCUUUCACUGCGGAGGACGACGACGGCUCAGACACUCUGGAGGAGGGCGACCCCGGCGUCGCCAUGACCGCAGAAGUCGAGAGCGAGCCGGCGUUUGAAACGACCUCUGUUAUUGCAGAGGUGGCGGCUCCAGAGGACGAGUCGUCCCCCGGUGUGACAGCGGCACCGGUUCCAGACUUCUUCCCUAAACUUCCGGCAACUCCCGUCGAAGUGUCCGAGGUGUCCUCGCCCAGCCCGACUGUAGACGCUGGACUCUUUGAGAUGGCAGAGGAACACGGGAUCCCCUCUGCUCCCGAGUCCUCGGAGGACGACAGCACCGAGCCGGAGGCAGAGUCCGAUCAAAACGAGCCGUCCGUCGUCAUUAUCGACGAAGAUAUAGAGACGGAACAGAGAGGAGGUGCAAGCCCGACCAGCCCAGCGACCGCCGCCCCAGACGUCGUCGAGGAGGCCGUACAAGACCUGGCCAUGGAGCUGGACCAAACGGAUGUUGCGACCACAGAGGCGAGCGAGCAGCCGGACGAGGGGAGUGGCUUAGUAUCGGCGGCUGUAGAUCGCACCACCGUCGGCGUCACGGCGCCGCCUCCUGUCCGAUACUUGACCACGCCCUCCAUGACCACGGCCAGCCACGGACGGGAGCUGGUGGUGUUCUUCAGCCUUCGCGUCACCAACAUGGACUUCUCCGAGGACCUCUUCAACAAGACGUCGUCCGAGUACAGAUCCCUGGAAAACAGCCUCUUAGACGUGCUGAUGCCGUACCUGCAGGCCAACCUGACGGGCUUCAAGAACCUGGAGAUCCUGAACUUCAGGAAGGGCAGCGUGGUCGUCAACAGCAAGAUGAAGUUCACCAAGUCGGUGCCGUACAACGUCACCGAGGCCGUCCACUGCGUCCUGGAGGAGUUCUGCUCCGCCGCCGCCAACAAGCUGCACAUCCACAUCGACACGCACUCGCUGGACGUGGAGCCAGCCGACCGCGCCGACGCCUGCAAGUUCCUGGCCUGCGACGACUUCUCCCGCUGCGUGGUGAACCGCCGGACGAGGGAGGCCCGCUGUCUGUGCGAGCCGGGCUUCCUGUCGGUGGACGGCCUCCCCUGUCAGAGCCGCUGCGUCGUGCAGCCGGACUUCUGCCGAGGGGGCGGAGCCUGCCACAUCAUCGCCGGACGCGGCGCCGUGUGCAGAUACAAAGACGGCUUCUUCCUCCCCGGACGGGCCAGUUAAUAACUCACAUCCCACCGGACGUCACCUGAGAAUUCUACCACAGACUCGAUGAACCCGGACUCAGUAGCAGCAGGAUCCCAGAGACUCGUCCAAACACGACGUCGGGCUCAAGAGUUUUCAGGACACAGCGGUCAGAGGUCGUUGCUCCACAUCGAGACGACGUUCCCUUCAGGGGGAAUCGGACUCUUUAGACUAGUUUCUAACAAACACACAAACUGUCGGACAGUCGUCGUCGUGACGACUCUGCUGCGUCGACGUCGAUCGACCCCUGGACUGUUUUUGUACUCGCUAGUGAAAAAGGUUUGUGGUUGUUAAAGAUCCCGGACGUGACGUGGACGCUCCGUUUGUCUUCUUGUUUCCCAGAUGAUUUUUUUGAUGCUUUGUGUAAGUUUUCUCUUCCGCCUGGCGACGAUCGCUCGUCAUCAGUAAACCAAGAUGGACGACGCGUCUCCCACUUCCUCCCGUCGGAGCCAAUCACGAGUCGGUGUCAGUUGUCAUUCACGACGUCUCAGCCCCGUUGUUGUAUCAUCAAAUAACUGCUGAGAAGCAAAGUGAUCAGAUCUGCUAACAUGGAGGGGGGCGGGGCUUAUGGGUUACAGUACUGCAGCCAGCCACCAGGGGGAGGUCGUGAGGAUUUGGCUUCACUUUAGAGGAGCUGGUCACGUCGUCCAUCUUGGUUCACAGUCUGUGGCCAAGAGCCUCGGCCAUCUUAGGGUCGAUGAGACGGUUCAGAUGCGUCUUCCUCCUCUGAGCGUGACGAGGCGAGCGGGAGCUAGCUGGUUAGCAUGCUAAAGAUAAAGAGUUAGCAUUGGCUUUUGCGUUCCACGGUUGGAGAGAGAAAUGAGCGAGUGAAGGAAUAAAGUUUUGUUGCCGAACUCACAACAUCUGACGGAUGAAUGAACGAAGUGAUUAAUGUGAACGUUGGAGACGACGUAGCAACAGCAGGAACUUACAUUCAGCACCUUUAACGUCAAGCGACAUCAUCUCCUCUGAUUGUUUCUCUUGAGAGGAAAUCGAUCCAGAAUUAUUAAUGAAAAUAAGAUGAUAAAUUAUUAUUAUUAUUAAAAUCUCUGUAAUCACUUGUAACUCCUCAGGUUGGUCGUCCAUGACAAUGCUAACAUGCUAACAUUGAGCAGGUACAAUGAUGAUCGUGUUCACCAUCUUAACUUAGCCUGUUAGCAUGUUGCUAGUUAGCACUUAACACCAAGUAAAGUUGAGGCUCAAGCAAAAUGUGUCUGUUUAUUCAUAAACUGAAGUAUUUGAUCAAUUUAAAAUUCAACCUGUCGGUGGCGCUAGAGGAAAAGUCAGGGGAGGAUUCGUCCUCUGGGGACAUUUCAUUCCAAUAUAUCGGAUCAUUAACUUGUAAGAAUCUUGACUUUUCAAAUACUUCUCAACUCAUGGUCCACUUACUUAGGUCUUUAUAAAGCUUUCGGUCGUAUCGCAUGAUCUUCAUCAGCGGAUCAUUUCGCUCAACGCGGCGGAGCGACAACAACGUGAACCUCCGACGGCUGAUGAAGAUCGUUUCAUACGACGGAAAGUUUUCAUAUUUCACGACUCAUUGUGAUGUUGCACUGUAAAAACAAACAGAAUCAACCUGUAGUGUGAGUGCGUUGGUAGAUCUCUACUGUACCGCUCAUGGUCCUCACCAGCUUCACCACCAGCAGCUGAAAAUACAACCGCUGAAGAAGAGACGGACGAUUCUCCUCGUGUCAUUGUGAAGAAACAUUUUCUUGAAAACAGAUUCUCAUGUUUGUUUUGUUCGUGGCGUCGAGUGAAACAUGGAGCGAUUUUUAUUGAUCAGACAUCAGCGUUAGAAAAAAGUGACAGUGGACGAAGGCGGCGUCGCUUCACGAGGAACGACCGUGACGACAUUUUCUCUCGACGUCUUCGUCUGGUUCAAUAUUCAGAUCCAACGUUUCAUUUGUUUACAUGAUUUUUCAGGCUCCGUUUACUAAUCGAGUCGACUGAUUUGAUUGGUCAAAACAAAUCCUCCGAUAUUAGUGUCUGUGUUUGUUUGAUGAUAUUUAUUUUACAGGAUGAACGACGCAGAAAAGAUCUUGUCUACGUGAAAUUCGUCUUAUAUAUAUACAUUUGUUUGUUUUGUGUUUUUCUUUUCAUUUAUGAUUAAAUUGUAAAAUAUCAA